AACCAAAUAAAACAGGAUUCCACAACCCAACUCGGACAAGCCCAACUCGGACAAACCCAACCGAAAAGUGACAAGACCGUAUGAAACCUUCAGGAAGAGUCCAAGCGUACGUCAACUUUUGGCCCUCCUCGCCCUGGGGCCGGGGCUGCCCGCAGGACCUGGGAGUCAGCCCUCCAUACCUUUGGCAGCAUCUUAGCACAAGCCCCGAGCUCAGCCCCAGCCCUGAGAGGAGCCUCAGCCCAACCCAGCCCAGGCCUGGAGCCGGCAUGGCCAAGGACUUUCAGGACAUCCAGCAGCUGGACUCCGAGGACAAUGACCACGAGCUGGGUGGAGGUGAGGGCCCGGGCCCUCGUGGGCACAACCCCAGGAGAGGAGACCGGUUCUGUGUAGCAGGGAUAGGGACGUCUCUGCGCCCGCCCCUUCUGCUGCAGCGUGUCUGCUCCACGUUCCGCCUCAGUCUGCUCGUCCUGGGCUUCCACGUCCUGCUGCUGGUGGCCAUCGGCGUGAUUGGGACCCAAAGAGCACAGCUGCAAGAAGAGCUGCGGAUCCUAAAGGAAAACUUCAGCCACUUCUCCGACGGCGUCCUGUCGGAGAUCGGCACUCUCCUCUCCCAUGGGGGAAGUGCCAAUCACCAGCUGACGUCUCUGGAAGCCAAGCUGGAGAAACAGCAGAGGGAUCUGAAAGCAGAUCACGCCGCCUUGCUCCUGCAUUUGAAGCACUUCCCCAUGGACCUGCGCAUCCUCACCUGUCAGAUGGCCUUCUUCCAGAGCAACGGCACACAGUGCUGCCCCGUCAACUGGCUGGAGUUCGAGGGCAGCUGCUACUGGUUCUCCCGCUCCGGAAAGACCUGGGCCGAGGCCGACAGGUACUGCCAGCUGGAGAGCGCACAUCUGGUGGUCAUCAACUCCAGAGAGGAGCAGAAGUUCAUCGUCCAGCACACAAACCCCUAUGAUGCCUGGAUAGGUCUCACGGACAGUGAGGGCACCUGGAAAUGGGUGGACGGCACAGACUAUCAUCAGAGCUACAAGAACUGGGCGGCCACUCAGCCAGACGACUGGCAGGGGCACGAGGUGGGUGGAGGUGAAGACUGUGCGGAAGUCCGGGCCAACGGCCGCUGGAACGACAAUCUCUGCGAGCAGGUGCAGCGCUGGGUGUGCGAGAUGAGGAGGAACGUGACGGCUUAGGAGCCCGCCCCCUGCCCCGCCCCCAGCUCUCUGCAAGGGGGGGAUUUCGAAGAAAGGAAAAAUGGAGGGGAGGGGUCGAGACAGGAUGGAGGGGGCGCUGGAAGCAUCACAGACCCCCGGAGACACUGAGGUCCCGCCUUCUUCAGCAAGGCACUGUCAUGAUUAUGAUUUUCAGCCGCUCCGUGGAGUAGGGAAAGAAGACGCGAGUACUUGAAAUUGCGUGGACUGGUCGGUUGGAAGUGGGAGGUGUGGGGAGCAGAGAAGAGGGGGGCGUCCGGAGGAGACAGACUCAGCCCUAGACAGCUGCUCCUUGAGACCCCAUCCCAAGGGGCAGGGUCAGGGAGGGGAGGGGAGCUUGGAAUAGAGAUCCUCAGCUGGAGGCAGGAGGUGGGGGCCGGAGGGGCUGCCUGGGGAAGCAGCUCCCCCCACCCCCAUGGGAUCUCCCGCAGAAGAGGUUCCAGGGAACAGUGGGGCUCCCCCAACUCCAGGAGCUGUGGCCUGGCCCACGGGGACUGCAGAAUAUGCUCGAUAAGGGAAGGGGGGUCGGUAAGACGCUGUGUGGUAUCUGCAGUGGGACUACCUCUCUGGACCCCUAAGAGAUCUAGACCUUUCUCCAGCACAAGUGCCACCAGCUGCCUCUGUGGCGGAACGUCACCUUCCAAAAUCAUUCCGAAGCCGAUAUUAAGAGGUUCUUUAAGCAAUUAGAGUUGUGUUAUUUCUACUGCAAAAGUAAUAUGUACUAUUAGAAAAAAAUGCUUCUCUCUCACACACACAGGGAUGCUGCUCGCGGCUCCCACGGUUAACUAUUUCGUGGCCAUUGGGUUAGUCAGGGCUCUCCAAAGAACCAGUAGGCUGUGUAUGUGUGAUUUAUUAAAGAGAUGUAUUACAAGGAAUUGGCUCAUGCGGUUACGGAGGGUGGCAAGUCCCAGAUUCUGCGGGUGUGCGGGUGAGCUGGAGACCCCAGAGAGCCAGUGACCCCAAUUCCAGUCUGAAUCCAAAGCCUGAGGCCCAGGAGAGCCGACGGUGUGAAGGCAGCAAUCUCAAGACCUGGAAAGAGCGGGUGUUUCCAUCGCAGCCCGAGCCAGGAAGGAAGCCCGUGUCCCAGCGUGAAGGGGUGAGGCGGGAAGGACUCUCUCUUAUUCCUGAGGGUCCGUCUUGUUCCCAUCAGGGCUUUAGCCAAAGGACUAGGCCCACCCGACCUGCUCUACCAGUUCCAAAGCUCAUCUCAUCCCCAAACACCCCCGCCCUCGAAACCGUGUCUGAGCAACUAUGGAGACGGCCUGUGGUCCCGUCCAGUUGACCCAUAGAAUCACCCACUCCACGUCCCAUCGGGAUGUUUCCUGCGUUCCCACGUGGAUGCCACAUAGUGUAUCACUCGGAAGCGUGCCCCUGCUCCUUCCCUGGGUCUGUGGGCUUCCAGCCAGCCUCUGCUGUUCCCUGGCAGGUUUCAGCCCCGCAAGCUUCGCAGCGCUAGAGGGUUCCCAAGUCUGGCUGUGCCACCCGGGGUUCAGACAUCCCCUGGCGUGGACGGCGAGCCAACAUUUCCGCUUGUUUUCUCAUGUCCUAUUUCAAGCGAUUGCUGCGUCUAACCUCCCGCCGUGUCAAGACUUCCUAGCGUUCACUUGCAAAGUUCUCUAGGACGUCUCCUUGAAAAGAUUGUCCAAGUGAUCAUACGUGCAGUUUGAAGUCUUGUGGGCUCGAGGCGGCCGCCCCUGCUGCUCAGAGAAAACCCGCUGUUGGUGACUUAGUUAUGUGUCCCAGCGCGGACAUCAGAAUUUCUAACUAAUAUAUGCAAACGGGUAUCUCUUUAUUGAACAGUUGUGGGUAUUUCUUAAUAACUCUCUUGCAUGUUGACGGGGCACGACCUUCUAAUUUAGUCUGCAACCAUUUUAAUUUAAAUCCUAAUUCAGGAUCCGUGUCAGUGGUGGCCAGGUCAACCGUGGCACCUGCUGGAGCCCCGCGGUACGAGCCGGUUUCCAGUUCCUUUCUUGCACAACUUCUGUUUCUUCUGAAAAGUUAAUAAUUGUUUCACUUAAAAAUUUUCUUCUUCACAUGCUUUGAACCUACUGCGAGGUCAUUCUCAGCUGUACAAAGCCUGGAUGUAAUUUUCUGCACACGCUGGCUGGUCAGUAACCAGGAUCUCAGCUGUACUUUUCUAGAGCCUCAUGGGUAAAUGCGAGUUUUAUGGGGCCUGAAGCGUACACAGUUUUGAGGAGCCCUCCUUAGAAAAAUAACAUUAUGGAGGCACCUGGGUGACACAGUCGGUUAAGCGUCUGACUCUUGGUUUUGGCUCAGGUCGUGAUCUCAAGGUCGCAGGAUGGAGCCCCGUGGCCUGCUCUGUGCU